AUGUCAUUAGAAGAUGAUAUUCGUGUAGUUGUUUGCAUUGAUUUUGGGACCACUUAUUCUGGAUUCGCCUAUGCCAACAUAUCGAAUCCCGAAAUUUGUACCAAUGACAUUUGGCCUGGCAAGUGCGGUGAACACAAAACCAAUACUGCACUCCAGUAUGAUACAUUCUUCCGUAAGGUUGAGGCAUGGGGAUAUCCUGCUUUGGCGGUACAGCCUAAUCAAAAUCGCCGGAGUAUAACCAGAUCAAAGUCAAUAAGUGAAGGCGUUACUGCGCCUAACGAAUCGACCAAUAUCAUGCAUGCUAAUUUCAGUACUCCAAUGACAAGUCCCAAACCAGUGGAGUUAUUCAAGUUGCACUUGGGGGAUUUAGGGAAGGAUGAAAAACCGACAUUGCCAGAAGAAUUAGAUUACGAAAGGGUCAUCACAGAUUACUUCAGAGAAAUUGGCAAUGUGAGUACACUUAUUAAACAAACCAUACUUUCGAGAUGGCCAGGAAUUGACUUUGAGAAAAAUGUAUUAUUAGUACUUACCGUGCCCGUAGAAUUUAAUGAUCAGGCGAAAGCAAUUAUGAGAAAAUGUGUUACGGAUGCCGAAUUGAUUGCCAAACAAUUGGAGUUUACCACUGAACCGGAGGCUGCUGCCAUCUAUUGCAUAAAACUUUUCAAGGAACAACUUAAUAAUUCGGUCGGAUCUUUAUUUUUAACUGUUGAUGUUGGUGGCGGAACUGUUGACUUGACUAAACGUAAAAUGCUCGAUGGUUAUAAACUUGACGAAAUCACAGAAAGCACGGGUGACUUCUGCGGGGGUUCCUUUGUUGAUAAAGAAUUUAUAAAUUUUAUUGAAGGAAAAAUCGGCGAUAAAGCGAUUCUGUUAUUCAAACGAAACAAUUAUGGCCAAUUUCAAUACCUCGUGCAAGAAUUUUGUAAACGCAUCAAGAUCCCAUUCACCGGUAAUCCAGAAGACUUUAAAGAAUAUGAAUUAGAUAUUGAAGAAGUCUGCCCUGCUUUGAAGCAAUACGUUCAUGGCUUGGAGAGAACUAUAUUAGAGUAUGAUGAAUGGAUUAUCACAAUUAGUUUCAAAGAUGUGAAAGAUAUGUUUGAUCCUGUAGUCGAAAAGAUUUUAAAAUUAAUUGAAAACCAGAUUACCAAGGACAAUGAGUUUAUCUCAUCAAUUUUCCUGGUGGGCGGUUUUAGCGAAUCGGUGUAUUUACAGACAAGAAUUAAAGAAGAAUUCUCUUCAAGAGUGUUAAAUGUCUCUGUGCCUGCACAGCCGAUAAGUGCUGUGGUUAGAGGUGGAGUAGAGUAUGGACUGAAUAUGAGCGUUGUUCAUAGUAGGGUGUUAAAAUAUACUUAUGGUCUAUUGAUUAAUACAAUGUUUGACGAGAAAAAAGAUCCUGUGGAAAGAAAAAAGGAGAACGGAAAAAUUUUUAAAUUUUAUCGAUUGGUCGAAAGGGGAACACAAGUUUAUGUUAACCAAGAAUUCUCUGACGUUUUUCCACCCUCCAAUCACGACCAAACUCGUGCAAGGUGUGCUGUCUAUAUCACCACCGCUCAAAAUGCCACUUAUGUUGACGAACCUGGAGUGCAAUUAUUAGGCACUAUAAUAUUCGAUCUUCCAGAUCCUGAGUUGGGCCUCAACAGAUUGGUUCAUUUCUCUUUAACUUUUGGGAAGGGGGAAAUUCGUGCGAAUGCAAAAAAUCUUAAAACGGGAAGAACAUAUGGAACCACUUUCGAACUAAACUUUCUCGAUAGAUAA